CUACAAAUAAAGACUGAAAUCAGGAUGCUGUUGGGUUUAGAUUUAUACAGCUCUCACUUGAAAAAUGUCACUGAAGUCACUAUGUUUGUAUUACUGGGCUUCACCGAUGAUUAUAAGACACAGGUCUUACUAUUCUUACUGUUCCUAGCAAUCUACUUUUUUACCCUCAUGGGAAAUUUGGGACUGGUCCUGUUGGUCAUUGGGGAUCCCCGUCUUCACAACCCCAUGUACUUCUUCUUGAGCGUCUUGUCAUUCUUGGAUGCUUGCUAUUCCUCAGUCGUCACUCCCAAGAUGUUGGUCAAUUUCCUAUCAGAGGACAAAUCCAUUUCCUAUGCUGGGUGUGCCACACAGAUGCUUCUCUUUGUUACUUUAGGGACCACAGAAUGCUUUCUCUUGGCUGCAAUGGCGUAUGACCGCUAUGUCGCAAUCUACAACCCCCUCCUGUAUUCUGUCAGCAUGUCACCCAGGGUCUAUGUGUCACUCAUCCUUGCUUCUUACAUCGGUGGAAUCCUGCAUGCUUCCACACACACCCUGGCUACAUUUAGCUUAUCCUUUUGUGCCUCUAAUGAAAUUAAACAUAUAUUUUGUGAUAUCCCUCCUCUGCUGGCUAUUUCCUGUUCCAAUACUCACAUAAACCAGCUCUUACUUUUCUACUGUGUGGGCGCCAUUGAGAUAGUUACCAUUCUGAUAGUCUUGGUCUCCUAUGCAUUCAUCUUGGUGGCAAUUCUGAGGAUGCGUUCUGCAGAAGGAAGAAGAAAGGUCUUUUCUACAUGUGGCUCUCACCUCACCGGAGUGUCUAUUUACCAUGGCACCAUCCUCUUCAUGUACGUGAGACCGAGUUCCAGCUAUGCUUUGGACCAUGACAUGAUAGUGUCAAUAUUUUACACCAUCGUGAUCCCCAUGCUGAAUCCCAUCAUCUACAGCUUAAGGAACAAAGAUGUCAAGGAAGCCAUGAAGAAAGUAAUUGCCACCAAGAUGAAUGCAUAG